AUGGUAGAGCUUCCGAAAAACCACGGUAUCUACUUCUUCCUCAUCUUUCUCUUGCUCUCACUUGCCUCACAACUUCCAUUAGCUAGGCCUUCCAAAGAACUCAAACCAUGCAAGCACAUUGUGCUCCACAUGCAUCAAGUGAUCUUCAAUGGCAGUAACUCGGCCAACACGACCGGGGCUGCUGUAACGAGUCCAGUUGGGCUUGGGCAUUUUGCCUUUGGCCAGGUAUUCAUCUUCGACAAUCCCAUGACCAAAGACCAGAACCUGCUAUCUCCACCGGCAGCACGAGCUCAGGGAUUCUAUUUUUACCAUAUGAAAACUGUUCCAAGCGCCUGGAUGGCCUUUACCUUGGUUUUCAAUUCGACGGAGCAUAAGGGCACCAUAAACGUCAUGGGGUCCAAUUUUAUCCCGGCAAAGACUAGGUAUCUAUCGGUUGUCGGUGGAACCGGGGAUUUUUUCAUGACGAGAGGGAUUCUAGAGAUUGAGGAAGAUGGUGUCGUCCCAUUUGUGUAUUUUAGACUGAAGAUGGAUAUUAAGUUGUACGAGUGCUAUUAG